GAACGUUUGGGCCGGGCGGCAGUGAAGGUGAAGCAUUAGCAUUUAGCACGCGUAAUGAUUCGAGCGGGACCUUCUAUAUUUUGAACUUUCACUAUUUUGUCUUUGUGUUUCAAUUGUCCAUUUCGUAAUUCUGUACAUUACGAGUGUGGAUCCAGUGACCCACUAAGCUACAGAUCCCUUACGGCCACGCUACUUCUACUCUAACCACUGCCGGCAAUCACAUUCUUCAGAUCUGUUCAUCUUUUAUGAAAAUUCAUUUCUCCCAUCUUACUUCCCCGAGUUUUAGUUUUUUAAACACUCCCAUUUUGCACCAGUUCGCGUUUUUGGGGUAUCAAUUGAUCAACUAACUAUGCGUUAGUUUGAGAAUUUUCGCUACUGGAGUGAACUUAGCUGCAUUUUUUAGGAAAUUGGAAACCCUAGUUCCGAUAAUGGCAGGGUCCGUACAACCAGAAGCUAUACUGGAAUGGCUUCAGAAGGAGAUGGGGUACCAACCUUUAGGUUCAUACGCAGCUUCAAGCAAAGCAGCAAUGCCCACCAUCGAUUCGCUUCGCAAGAUUUGCCGUGGGAACAUGUUACCGAUUUGGAAUUUCCUCUUGAACAGAGUGAAAUCCGAGAAAACUGUUGAAAAAAUCCGCCGCAAUAUCCUUGUGCACGGAAAAGAUGAUGAAAAUGUUAAUGCUGUUGAUUCAGGGAGGAGUAAAGGGAAGAAGAAGGAGAAGGUAGGGGGAGUGGGUAGGGACAAUGGUUUGGGUGAGAAUAGUAGGGAAUUUGCAUUGCAGGAGAGAGACUUGGCGGAGAAAGAGGUGGAAAGGCUAAGGCAGAUAGUGAGGCGUCAGAGGAAAGAGUUGAAGGCAAGGAUGUUGGAGGUCUCGAGGGAGGAGGCUGAGCGUAAGCGCAUGCUUGACGAGAGGUCUAACUAUAGACAUAAACAAGUAAUGCUGGAGGCUUAUGACCAACAGUGUGAUGAAGCUGCAAAAAUAUUUUCGGAGUACCAUAAACGUCUAAGUUAUUAUGUUAGCCAAGCAAGGAAUGUUAAGCGGUCUAGUGUUGAUUCUUCUGCGGAGGUGAUUACUACUUUUCAUGCAAAUGAGAAAGAAUCUGUUUAUUCAACUUUUAAAGGAGCCAAAAGUGCAGAGGAUGUCAUUCUCAUUGAAACAACAUGGGAAAGAAAUAUCAGGAAGGCAUGCGAGUCUCUUGCUAUGCAGAUGGCUGAAAAGAUUCACAACUCUUUUCCUGCUUAUGAAGGAAGUGGAAUCCAUAUGAAUUCUCUGUUACAAGCUGCCAAGUUAGGUAUUGACCUUGAUGGUGAUUUGCCCGAUGAAGUAAGAGAUGCAAUUGUAAGUUGCCUGAAAAGUCCUCCUCAGUUGCUACAGGCAAUCACUGCAUAUGCUCAAAAUCUGAAGACUUCGAUUACUCGAGAAAUAGAGAAAGUUGAUGUUAGAGCUGAUGCAGAGAUUCUAAGGUACAAGUACGAGAAUGACAGAGUAAUGGAUGCUUCUUCUCCUGAUGUAACGUCACCUUUACAGUAUCAGCUUUAUGGAAAUGGCAAAAUUGGAGGUGAUGCGUCUUCAAGAGGGACUCAAAAUCAACUUCUUGAGAGACAGAAAGCACAUGUUCAGCAAUUCAUGGCUACCGAAGAUGCAUUGAAUAAAGCCGCAGAAGCAAGAAAUAUGAGUCAACAGCUUUUAAAGCGCCUGCAAGGAACUGGUGAUGCAAUCUCUUCACACUCACUAGUAAUUGGUGGAACAUCAAAGAGUAUGAGCAGCCUCAGACAACUUGAGCUGGAGGUCUGGACAAAGGAAAGAGAAGCAGCUGGAUUAAGAGCUAGCGUGAACACUCUAAUGUCUGAAAUACAACGUUUAAAUACAUUGUGCGCGGAGAGAAAAGAAGCUGAAGAUUCUUUGAGAAAGAAAUGGAAGAAGAUCGAAGAAUUUGAUGCUCGGCGAUCAGAGCUUGAAUCUAUUUAUAGUGCCCUACUGAAGGCAAGCAUGGAUGCUGCAGCAUUUUGGAGUCAGCAGCCAUCAGCUGCAAGGGAUUAUUCAUCAAGUUCUAUAAUUCCUGCUUGCACUGUGCUCGUAGAUUUAUCAAACUGUGCAAAAGAUCUUAUUGAGCAAGAGGUUUCAGCAUUUUAUCAAACUCCUGAUAAUACACUUUACAUGCUUCCAUCAACACCUCAGGUUUGUAGAUUUCACUAAUCCACAUAUCUAAUA